UGUUUUCAAAAUUAGAAUUUUUAUGCUUUUAACAGUGUGGCCAGAUCGUGCGAUUUUUUUACCCCCACUUUGUACCGCUUUUCAAUGUAGUCAGAUGAGAGUGGCCUACAAAGUGGGGGUAAGAAAAGAGCACGUUCUGGCCACACUGUGCGAAAGUCAGAGAUUUGUGGUGUCUCGAAAUGAAGGUUAAAAAAGACGAUGAGUCAUCUAAAAAUAAAUCAUGGUUGUCGAUAAAUUUGAUGCUAAAAAUUCAAUGUGUAAAAGUCAAAACUCAAUAUAAGUUUUUCGUAUUGAACCAUAAAAAAGAAAAAAUUGGAGGUGGUUGUCCGAAUUACAAUGAGUCAUCAGAUGCUUGGCUUUAUUACUUAUUUAAUGGAAUAAAUGUUGGUUGCGGAAUUUCUCAAUUUAUAAAAAUUGAAGAGUUACUGCAAAAAAAAAAUGAAUUUAUUGAAAAUGAGACUUUGACCGUGGGAAUUGAAUUGAUUGUCUACGAUGAGUACAUGUUGAGCGAAAGUAUUAUUAAGAAGCGAAUAUAUUCAAAAAGAAAGAUCAGCGACGACAACCACGAUGUCUUAAAUAUAAAAAAAAGAUGCGAAGCUGACAAGUAUCGUCCUCAAUCGCUCAAGCAAAUGUGCGAAUAUUCUCUAUGUAAAACUCUGAAUUUUGAAAAUGCGAUACGGAUUAUGAUUUUGGCGGAUCGUCACGAUGAUAAGCAGUUGAAGGAAUUGGCUAUUGAUUAUGUGAUUAAAAAUUUUAAAAAAUUUAAAGAAACUGAAGAGUUUACAGCUUUAGAACAGACUCAAAUGUCUCUGUUUUUGGUUAUUCUUAAAAAAUCUGCGGCUGUUGGAACAAUAUGAUUAAUAUGAAGGAUUUCUAUAAUAUGCUUAUUUCUUUUACUACUGCCAGUUCUUCGAAGAUUCAAGCACAAUUCGUUUUAUAAUAUACAUUUU